GUUGGAUAUUGAUCAUACUUUCAUAAUAAGAUGACUGUCUUUUGUUUGGAUGGAAUAUUCCCCUUCAUAUUCUUCAUUCUCUUACAAUAUGGAAAUGGAGAGGAGUGCACAAAGGUUAUAAACGAUCAACACUAUUCGUGUGAAGGAAGGAACCUCACCCACAUACCUCGCAAUAUUCCCUCCUCUGUACAGACACUGGACUUCAGUUUUAAUAUGCUGCCUUCUUUACAAAAGCAUCUGUUUCCUCCACUGUAUGAUUUGAAGGUCCUGGAUCUCACAAGAUGUCAGAUCCAGUACAUUGCUGAUGAUGCUUUCCACAAUGUAAGGAAUGUGGUUAUUUUAAUUCUUACUGGAAACCCCAUUUCAUAUAUAGCACCUGACAGCUUGAACUCAUUACACAAAUUACAGAGAUUACUUCUUGUGGACAUUGGCCUGCUGUCUUUAAAUGCCCAGUUCAGCAAUCUAACCAAUCUUCAGGAACUAAAAGUUGGAACUAACAAAAUUCAAACCAUUGCUCUUCCACAAUUCAUGAUCAGCUUUAAAGACUUCCGUGUACUGGACCUGCAUGCAAACAACAUAUCCAGUUUAAAAGUAAACCACACAGUUGUUCUUCGAGAGAUGAGAGGUAAUAUCACUCUAAUACUCUCCAGCAAUCCAAUACUACAUAUUGAACCAGGAGUGUUUCAGGAUAUUCAUCUAAAAGAGCUUAACAUACAGAGUGCUUUUGUUUCAUAUGACGCAAUGAGGAAUGGAUUAAAAGCUCUCAGUGGUCUUUAUGUUGAUAAACUUACUAUGGGAAGCUUCAAAGUAGACAAGGCCAGAAAGAUAUCAAAUGCUGAUUAUCUUUCUGGUCUCUGUUUCAUUAAUUUUAAAGAAUUAUAUUUUUUUCAAAAAGACUAUUCAGAUUUUGAAUAUAACAUCUUCUAUUGCAUGGUCAAUGCCACAAAAAUAACUCUGAAAGAAGGCUAUUUUAGAGCUUUACGUCAUGUCUCAUUCCAUCAGCUGAAAGAAAUGUACAUAUAUAAAAAUCAAUUACCAAUGACACUGGAACUUUCACAUCUACAUCUGCUAGAAAAACUAGUGGUGAUUAGUCACAAUGUAGUUUUUAAAGGUCUGAGUGACAUGCCUAAACUUCAGCAUGUGGAUCUAAGUGCAAGCCAAUUGGAAUUGUCUGACUGUUGUUCAAGAUAUUUCACAGGAAUGCCAAACAUUCAUACCCUUAACCUAAGCUUUAAUCAUGUAAUAUAUUUGAUGAAAAAUCCAUUCUCUGGACUUGAAUCCAUGGAGAUUCUGGAUAUUCAGUACACAAAAUUAAGUUUCCUAAGUACACAAUUUAGGUUUUUUAAAAGUCUCAAACAUUUACAGUAUCUCGACAUAUCAUACUCACAGAGUACAUUUUUGAGGACCAUGACCUUUAGUUAUUUAAGAAGUUUAAACGUGCUAAAGAUAUCAGGAAACCAGUUCCAGGAAGAUGCAUUAAGCUAUAUAUUUACAAAUGUCACAACUUUGGAAGUUCUUCAAAUAUCAAAUUGUGGUAUUGAGAACAUUGACUGGAGAGCUUUUCAGGGUCUUUCUAGACUAAGUCAUUUGUUUCUCAGUCAAAACAAGUUGAUGGCUUUGGACUUUGUAACACAUCCAUAUCUAAAAAGUUUAACAUUAUUACAUGUAGGAGCAAAUAGCAUUUUUAGUAUACCACCUCAUAUUCUGCAAAACCUACCAACAAAUCUUUCAGACCUUGAUCUGUCCUUUAAUCCAAUUGAAUGUUCCUGCUCCCAGAUAGAUUUUAUUACCUGGAUUUUAAAUCAUCAACAUCUGCUACAAUACUCAACUAACGUUUCGUGUAAAAUAUUGUCACAUGACUCAUUACCUAUUAGAGUUACUGACUUUGAUGUUGAAGACUGUAUACACAUCAGAAGGCUGACUAUUGUGUUAUGCAUAUGUGCUGCCAUUUUUCUCAUUCUUGUAUCAGUUUUGACCUACAAAUUUCAGUUUUAUUUACGAUAUGCCUAUAUCCUGCUCAGAGGUUAUAAUGUCACCAGACAGCAGGAAUUUUCUUAUGAUGCGUUUGUUAUCUACUCCAGCAAAGAUGAAUCAUGGGUAAUGGAUGAACUGGUGGAAAAUCUGGAAAAUGGGUGUCCACCCAUUCAGCUAUGUCUUCAUGUGCGGGACUUUGAAGCUGGCAAGGCCAUUACCUCCAACAUUAUAGAAGAAGGAAUCAUGGGUAGCCGUAAAAUUAUCGUGGUCGUAUCUAAACACUUUAUUGAGAGUUCCUGGUGUCGUUUUGAAUUUGAGGUGGCGCAGUCUUGGCUAGUAAUGCAAGGCAAUGCUAACAUCAUCAUCAUCAUUCUAGAAGAUGUGGAGGAAGAGAAGUCAAAGAAGGUGUUCGGGCUUCAUAAGCACCUGAGAAACAAUACGUAUCUAAAGUGGAGUGGAAACCCAGUAAACAAUAUGAGAUUCUGGAUUCGUCUUCGGAAAGCUGUAAUCACAAAAAAAUGAAUUUUUCAAAUGUUCUUGAGGAUUGCAAAAAGAUUACAAACGAUCAACACUAUUCGUGUGAAGGAAGGAACCUCACCCACAUACCUCGCAAUAUUCCCUCCUCUGUACAGACACUGGACUUCAG